AUGGAUUAUUCACCUAGUUUUAUUGAUCCACAUUCUCAUCAAAACGAUCAAUAUGCAUCACCCUUAUCUUUACCUCCAUCAGCAACUCCGAGAAGUGUUGCACCAAGAGACGAAACACAUGCAAAUACAACGAAUGAAACUAGAUUCUUCCAUCGCCCAUCAGUUGCUUCCAAAAAAAGUGUACCAGCAGAUAUGGGUCCACCUUCAGCAGUUACUUCUUAUCAUCUUAGUUCAGUUGCACCUUCAACACCAUUUUCUGUUGCACCAACACCAGUCACACCACGUACAGUUGAUGCUUCACGUGUACAACCAAGUUUACAAAAUAUUGUAUCUACUGUAAAUCUUGGUUGUCCAUUAGAUUUAAAACGUAUUGCACUUCAAGCUCGUAAUGCUGAAUAUAAUCCGAAACGUUUUGCUGCUGUUAUUAUGCGUAUACGUAGUCCACGAACAACAGCAUUAAUAUUUAGUUCAGGAAAAAUGGUUUGUACAGGUGCUAAAAGUGAAGAAGAUUCGGUGCAAGCAGCACGACGUUAUGCUCGUGUUAUUCAAAAACUUGGUUUUCAAGCGAAAUUUCUUGAUUUUAAAAUUCAAAAUAUGGUUGGUAGCGCUGAUGUUAAUUUUAAAAUUCGACUUGAAGCACUUCAAUUGAAACAUGCAACGUACUGCAGUUAUGAACCUGAAUUAUUUCCUGGUUUAAUUUAUCGAAUUAUCAAGCCAAAAAUUGUAUUAUUAAUUUUUAAUUCCGGUAAAGUGGUGCUUACAGGUGCAAAAGAACGUCGUGAAAUUCAUGAAGCAUUUGAACUUAUUUUUCCAAUUUUAAAAGGUUUUCGUCGAGUCGGCUGA